GAAUUAGUUUAGUCUCUGGUAGGAAGUCGUGUUGGACAUCUUUUUGGAGAAUUCAUAAGAGAAGAAUCUGAAAUUCUGUGCUGUAGAAAUCUUGAUUGACUUGAACUUUUUUGGUGAUGAAUGGGUUUUUGUUGCUCUGCUUUCCUUUGAUAUUUAAUUGACUUCUGGGUGUGUAGGUAUUUUUGCUUAUUUUUGAAUUGUGGAAUGGAGGCUUGAGUACUGUGUUCUUGUGGUGAUGAGUUGAUCUGCACCUGUGUUUUUGUAAAAAAAGUGUGUUAAUUUCCACUUUGUGAUUUUCUGACUUCACGUAUCAGGGAUUGUAGCUUCUCCAUGGGUUGACUACUUCUCAUAUCUCCAAGAUCCAGUGCCUAGUUUAUGAUGCAUUGCGGGGAAAAGGAGAUUUAAGAAAGUCCAUUAAUGAGCCAUUUUGCUGAGAUGGAGUGGAAUUCAAAGUGGGACUGGGAAAACUUUCUUGGGUUUGGUUCAAAAGCAAUGGAAAGUCCCAAGAAGCUGCAACUAGCAGACUGGACAAUUGUUGAUGAUGGACAAAUUGAUGCUGGAUCCUUCAAUCUCUCGGCAGGUGGUGGGAAUAGUGGUGCUUCUGACUCAGAUGGUGGGCAUGUUUCUUCAGCUAAGAGCUCGAUAUCGGCUUCUACUGACUCCUCGACAAAGGAUGGCAUGCAAAACGCCAACUUUAGCCUGAUAACAUUUCAGGGCUUUUCAGGAAAUUUUAGCAAGAAGAAGGAAAUGAAAGGAGCUCAUGUUUCUGGAACUUCUCCACCUCUGGAUGCUUCCAUUGGCUCUGUGGAACCGUUGAUUGGUCUGAAACUUGGAAAGCGGACAUAUUUUGAGAAUAGCGGUGCUGGAGGCAAUGUUAAGACUGCACCUCUUCCUGUGAUGCCUACUCCUUCUGCUACUCCACUGAAGAAAACUAAGUCAUUGGGUCAAAAUCUUCCUAUACCACGCUGUGUAGUUGAGGGAUGCAAUAUUGAUCUUUCAACAGCUAAAGAAUAUCACAGAAAGCAUAGAGUUUGUGAUAGUCAUUCCAAAUGCCCAAAGGUUGUUGUUGGAGGCAUUGAACGGCGGUUUUGCCAACAGUGUAGCAGGUUCCAUAGCUUGUCUGAAUUUGACGAAAAGAAGCGCAGUUGUCGAAGAAGACUAUCUGAUCAUAAUGCACGACGCCGGAAGCCACAGCAGGAAGCUAUCCAGUUUAAUUCGACAAGGCUCUCAUCACCAUUUUAUGAGGGAAGGCCACAAAUUAGUUUUUUGUUGAAUGAUGCUCCAGUUAUUAACUCCAAAAAUCCUGCUAAUAGCACAUGGAAUAGCACCAGCAACUCCGAGUUCACCCUAACAAAAGGGUAUCCUUUGAAGUCGAAUGGAGAUGGAGGUACUGACGAGCAAAUGCAUAUGCGAGGCGUCAAACUGCCGCAUGUCAUCAAUAUGCAUGGCACUGCUGCCAAUGGUGUUUUCGCGUCGAAAAGCUCCAUGCCCACAAUUCUGAAUCCAGGUUCCAAGGGACCCCUAACGUGUUCCCACUUAGAUGCAGCACCGGAGUAUCGCCGUGCUCUCUCUCUUCUGUCAAGUAACUCGUGGGGUUCAUGUGGACCAGAAUCGAUGCCUGUACAUGAUCAAAUGCACGAACAAGGUACCAAUGUGGCUCAGCCUAUGAUGCAUGCAACCCCAGAAGGUGUCCCGCUCUCUUCUUCACAGUUCUGGCUUACUGGACAUCAACCAACUCAGCCUCGCGUGGCCACAAACAGUAAUUUUCAGGAAGUCCAGCUCCUCAAAACACCAUACGAACCUGACUUCUAUUCUAACAUGUUAAACUGACAAUCGAAAAACCAUGUUAAAGAAUAUGUAUUAACACUUAACAAUCGUGUAA